AUGGAUCCCGAUGCGUUUUCGGCUGGCCUUUUCAAGUGGGACCCGAGGGCGGCGGCCCUCCAGAACCGGCUGCUGGAGGCGGUGGUGCCUCCAGCGCCGGCGCCCGCGUACCCGGUGAGGCCACGGGAGCUUGGGGGACUGGAGGAGCUCUUCCAGGCGUACGGGAUAAGGUACCUGACGGCGGCAAAGAUAGCUGAGCUGGGUUUCACGGUGAACACGCUGGUGGACAUGCGGGACGAGGAGCUUGACGAGAUGAUGAACAGCCUCAGCCACAUCUUCAGGUGGGACCUUCUCGUCGGCGAGAGGUACGGAAUCAAGGCCGCCGUCAGGGCCGAGCGCCGCCGCCAGGACGAGGAGGAGGCCAGGCGCCGCCACCUGCUCUCCGUCGACACGGCGCAUGCACUCGACGCACUGUCUCAGGAAGGGUUAUCGGAGGAGCCGGUGCAGCAGGACAAGGAGGCGGCUGGGAGUGGCGGCGGAGGGGUGUGGGAGAUGGUGGUUGCCGGCGGGAGGAAACAGCCGCAGAGGCGGAGGAAGAGCGGCAAGGGGCGGUCGAGGAUGUCGGCUAACUCUAUGGAAGAAGACGACGAUGAUGACGAUGAGACCGAGGGAGGAGACGACGACGAGAAUUAUAACGGCGGCGGCGGAGGUGGCGGCGGAGGUGAGCGGCAGAGGGAGCACCCGUUCAUUGUGACGGAGCCCGGCGAGGUGGCGCGUGGGAAAAAGAACGGCCUCGAUUACCUCUUUCAUCUCUAUGAACAGUGCCGCGAGUUCUUGAUUCAAGUGCAGAAUAUUGCAAAGGAGAGAGGAGAAAAAUGCCCCACUAAGAUUACAGAUCAUCGAGCUGUCCACAUGAGGCCUCGACAGCUCACGUACGACUCUCUGGGCUUCUCUGUUGAAAUAAAAUUGAAUGGGCCCAAAGAAUCAUCUGCACAUCACUCCAUCUCGGGAAGUGACACUUACAUCGACGCCAUUUUCAAUGCCCACCCACGCCUUUGGAUGUGGUACGUCCCCACCAAGCUCCGCCAGCUUUGCCUUGCCGAGAGGAGCAGUGCCGCAACCGCCGCCUCCUCCAUCACUAGCGGUGGGGUUGAUCAUAUGUCGUAUUAA